GUAGUCAAUUCAUCACUGGCAAACAUGGCUCGUCUCGUGUUGUGUGCUUUGGCGCUCCUAAUGGCCGGCGGGUCUUGCGACCCCCUCAAGAAGAUCUGGCCCCAGAAACCUGCUGACCAGGCUUCCCUUCGGCGUCAGGUUGACCUGUCAUCCCUCUUCUACCAUAUCCAUGAGCCCCUUCACUACGAGCCACUUAAGAUCAUUGCCAGUACUUGGGAAAUAGAGAAGAACAUUGAGCACUACAGCAAUGUAACUGCUGUCAAGAUUUACGUGGACCUCAUGGAGUAUGGUCUUCUGCCACGUGCGAUGCCUUUCUCUAUUCUUGAAGAACAUCAUCAGUUCGAGGCUGAGACUCUCUUCCACGUUCUGUUCUCUGCUAAGGACUACGAUACGUUCUAUAAGACUGCCGUGUACCUGAGAGACCGUGUUAACGAGGGCCUGUACGUCUACGUGCUCACAACCGCCAUUGUUCACCGCCACGACACUCAAGGAUUCGUUGUCCCGCCCCUCUACGAAAUCUUCCCCUCUUACUUCCAUAAUGGAGAAGUUAUGACCACUGCCCAGAGGAUCAACACUCACGGCAUGCACUUAGUCGAGCACUACCCGACGACUUACAUCUGGAACGACAAUGUAGUAAUUAGGUGGAACGAGACCGUUUGGCCUUACUUCUCUGUCGAUUCCCCUGUCUUCUACUGGACUCACGAUUAUGCUCUCAACACAUGGUACUAUAACCUCCAAGUGGCUUACCCACAGUGGCUCGGAAGCGAAACCUGCCCCUUGGUGAAGGACUACCGUGGUGAAUGGUUCUGGUACUGGCACAAGCAGCUCCUGUCUCGUUACUACAUGGAGAGACUGUCAAACGGUCUUGGUGAGAUCCCUGAUCUUGAACUGCAUGGCACUGUUGAGGAAGGUUAUACCCCUGGUCUCCUGUACCACAACGGAAUCCCAUUCCCGGUUAGGCCUAACCACUUCCACCUUUAUCAAGAAGACUUCAUUCAUGAAAUUAAGGCUAUUGAGGACUAUGAGCGUCGUAUUCGUGACGCUAUCGACGCCGGAUACUACAUUAACAACUUAGGCGAGCACGUCAGCCUACGCAAUCCUGAAUCGAUCGAUGUUCUCGGACGCCUGAUUGAAGCCAACGCUGACUCUCCCAACAACGGUUACUACAGGGACUUCAUUAGCCUCUGGAAAGAACUCCUCGGAAACUCUAUUGUUCACGAGCACGCCUAUAACCAGAAUACUGUGCCCCUGGUCCUGCCUUCCGCUCUGGAGCAUUACCAGACCGCUCUCCGCGACCCCGCAUUCUACAUGAUCUGGAAGCGUGUGUUGAACCUCUUCGACCUGUGGCAUCAGCAGCUGCCUCUCUACAAGCCCGAAGAACUUGCUUUCCCUGCUGUUACUAUCCAGAAUGUUGAGACUGACAAAUUGGUCACCUACUUCGAGAAUACCUACGUGAACGUUACCAACCAUCUGCACAUGAACGAUUUGGAAAGGAAGGUGGUCGCUGAUGACGUCAGUGUCCUCGUACAGAUCCCUCGUCUGAACCACAAGGUCUUCCAGGUUCGCGUGAACGUCAAGAGUGAAGUCGCCAAGACUGUUCUCGUGAAGUUCUUCUUGGCUCCCAAAUACGACAGCCACGGCUACGAAAUCCCUCUUCACCUCAACACCGAAAACUUCUUCCAAAUCGACCAAUUCACUUACGACUUGCCCGUUGGUGAGCACGUCAUCAAGCGCGAUUCCACACAGAACAUAUGGACCAUUGACGACUGGACCAGCGCUCAUGAGGUUUACGAGAGGGCUGAGAACGCCCUGCAUGGCAAGGGACAAUUUGUCUUGAGCCAGGCUCAGAUGAUUGAAGGAUUCCCUGAGCGUCUGCUGCUUCCGAAGGGUCGCGUCGGUGGUAUGCCCUUCGUCCUGCUGACUUACAUCUCCGAGUACCGCGCGCCCAGGGUCCAACAGGGCACUGGGUUCGACCACGUGGUGUCUCCUGGCUAUGGCAGCGGAGCUCGCCGCAUGAGCGAUGACCCGAUCGGCUUCCCCCUCGACCGCCCUCUGCACCAGUGGCAGAUCGAGAACCUGCACAACAUCAUGGUGCAGGAUGUCUUGAUCCACCAUAAGCCCACCCCCGAGGUUUACGUGCCUCACACCGACACCGGGGUACUGGUAGUCAAUUCAUCACAGGCAAACAUGGCUCGUCUCGUGUUGUGUGCUUUGGCGCUCCUAAUGGCCGGCGGGUCUUGCGACCCCCUCAUGAAGAUCUGGCCCCAGAAGCCUGCUGACCAGGCUUCCCUCAGGCGUCAGGUUGACCUGUCAUCCCUCUUCUACCAUAUCCAUGAGCCCCUUCACGACGAGCCACUUAUGACCAUUGCCAGUACUUGGGAAAUCGAGAAAAACAUCGAGCACUACAGCAAUGUAACUGCUGUGAAGAUUUACGUGGAUCUUAUGGAGUAUGGUCUUCUGCCACGUGCGGUACCUUUCUCUAUUCUUGAAGAAUAUCAUCAGUUCGAGGCUGAGACUCUCUUCCACGUUCUGUUCUCCGCUAAGGACUACGAUACGUUCUACAGAACUGCCGUGUACCUGAGAGACCGUGUUAACGAGGGCCUGUACGUCUACGUGCUCACCACCGCCAUUGUUCACCGCCACGACACUCAAGGAUUUGUGGUCCCACCGCUCUACGAAAUCUUCCCCUCUUACUUCCAUAAUGGCGAAGUUAUGACCACUGCCCAGAGGAUCAAUACUCACGGCAUGCACUUAGUCGAGCACUACCCGACGACUUACAUCUGGAACGACAAUGUAGUAAUUAGGUGGAACGAGACCGUCUGGCCUUACUUUUCUGUCGAUUCCCCUGUCUUCUACUGGACUCACGAUUAUGCUCUUAACACAUGGUACUAUAACCUCCAAGUGGCUUACCCACAGUGGCUCGGAAGCGAAACCUGCCCCUUGGUGAAGGACUACCGUGGUGAAUGGUUCUGGUACUGGCACAAGCAGCUCCUGUCUCGCUACUACAUGGAGAGACUGUCGAAUGGUCUUGGUGAGAUCCCUGAUCUUGAACUACACGGUACUGUUAUGGAAGGUUAUACCCCUGGUCUUCUGUACCACAAUGGAAUCCCAUUCCCGGUUAGGCCUAACCACUUCCAUAUUUAUCAAGAAGACUUCAUUAAUGAAAUUAGGGCUAUUGAGGACUAUGAGCGUCGUAUUCGUGACGCUAUCGACGCUGGAUACUACAUUAACAACUUGGGUGAGCACGUCAGCCUGCGCACUCCUGAAUCCAUCGAUGUUCUCGGACGCCUGAUUGAAGCCAACGCUGACUCUCCGAACACCGGUUACUACAGGGACUUCAUUAGCCUGUGGAAAGAACUCCUCGGAAACUCUAUUGUUCACGAGCACGCCUACAACCAGAAUACUGUGCCCCUGGUCCUGCCUUCCGCUCUGGAGCACUACCAGACCGCUCUCCGUGACCCCGCAUUCUACAUGAUCUGGAAGCGUGUGUUGAACCUCUUCAACCUGUGGCACCAGCAGCUGCCUCUCUACAGGCCUGAAGAACUUGCUUUCCCUGCUGUUACUAUCCAGAAAAUUGAGACCGACAAGUUGGUCACCUACUUCGAAAACACCUACGUGAACGUUACCAACCACCUGCACAUGAACGAUUUUGAAAGGAAGAUGGUCGUUGAUGACGUCAGUGUCCUCGUUCAGAUCCCUCGCCUGAACCAUAAGGUCUUCCAGGUUCGCAUGAACGUCAGGAGUGAAGUCGCCAAGACUGUUCUCGUGAGGUUAUUCUUGGCUCCCAAAUACGACAGUCACGGCUACGAAAUCCCUCUUCACCUCAACACCGAAAAUUUCUUCCAAAUCGACCAGUUCACUUACGACUUGCCUGUUGGUGAGCACGUCAUCAGGCGCGAUUCCACCCAGAACACAUGGACCAUUGACGAUUGGACCAGCGCUCGUGAGGUCUACGAGAGGGCUGAGAACGCCCUGCAUGGCAAGGGACAAUUCGUCUUGAGCCAGGCUCAGAUGAUUGAAGGAUUCCCUGAGCGUCUGCUGCUUCCGAAGGGUCGCGUCGGUGGUAUGCCCUUCGUCCUGCUGACUUACAUCUCCGAGUACCGCGCGCCCAGGGUCCAACAGGGCACUGGGUUCGACCACGUGGUGUCUCCUGGCUAUGGCAGCGGAGCUCGCCGCAUGAGCGAUGACCCGAUCGGCUUCCCCCUCGACCGCCCUCUGCACCAGUGGCAGAUCGAGAACCUGCACAACAUCAUGGUGCAGGAUGUCUUGAUCUACCAUAAGCCCACCCCCGAGGUUUACGUGCCUCACACCGACACCGCUAACUAAACGUACCUAUAUUACUAUGGUUUAAACCAUUAAUCAACUGUUGUAUCGGAUUUAUCGACUGUGACUGUUACAGUUUAGUCUUUAAUGAUUUUAGUCAAGAAACAUUGUAUUGUUGAGUAGCGAAUAUCACUAAUCUGAUGUAAAUAGUUUUGUGCGCGUGAAUAUGUGUUGUGUUAUAUAUUUAUAAUAUUUAUUUGUUACCUUAUUUUGUGAUGAUUUAUAUAGAAACCGUUAAUUGUAUAUAUAAUAGUAUAAAUAUAGAUGAAUUAUACGAGUCAAUAUAUAUUUAUGUUACAUUUAUU